AUGUCUAAUCUCAAAGUCCUCAUUGUAGGCGCAUCCAUCGCCGGCCCAUCGGCUGCAUACUGGUUCGCCAGAGCCGGCGCAACGGUCACUGUCAUUGAGCGCUUCCCACAGCUGCGUACCAAUGGACAAAACGUCGACAUACGUACGGUCGGGGUGACGGUCAUGCGCAAAAUCCCAGGAAUGGAGGAAGCGGUACGAGCCAAAAACAUGCCAAUGGACGGCUUCAAUUUUAUCCGCGACAACGGUCAGAGUAUUGGAAUUUUGAAACCCACAGGCAACCCGGAUCAACAAUCACUUAUAUCAGAAUAUGAGAUAUUCCGCGGUCAUUUGUCACGGAUAUUGGUUGAUUUGACCAAGGAUAAUGAAAAUGUCAAAUACGUCUUUGGUGAACAAGUCAAGUCGAUGCGGACUAACGACGAGAAAGAUGGUCCUAUAACGGUCGAAUUUGCAAAUGGCUUUCCGACGUCAAACUAUGAUCUAGUCGUUGCCUGUGAUGGCGCAAACUCAAGGACACGAGUCCUUGGUCUGGGCCAGGAUGCCCGGACUCAAAUUGAACCUCUGAAUAUGUGGGCAGCAUACUUUUCCGUGGAAGAAGAUAUCCUUCAAGGAAGCAAAAUGGGGAUGUCAUACAGUGCUGUGAAUGGUCGUGCCGUGGGUUUAGGACCAGMCCCUUCAGGUCCGAACCAAGCCACACUAAUAACUUUCCAUCCUCCCAACGACCCCUCACUGCAACAAUUCCGCGAAGCCUCGAAACAAGGAGACGCUACCCUCAAGAGCUUUGUAGCUCAGCAUUACAAAGGGGCAGGCUGGAAAACAGAUCAAAUCAUGAAGGGUAUGCUAGACUCAAAAGACUUCUACGCCAGCGAAUUCGUCCAAGUCAAGCUCCCGACAUUCCGCAAGGGUCGUUUUGUCUUGGUAGGCGAUGCAGGGUAUGCCGGGGCCUUGGGAUCCGGUACAUCUCUCGCUAUGGCUGGGGCAUAUGUGCUAGUAGGGGAAAUCGGUAGACACCAAGACGAUUUGGCCGCAGGUUUGAGAGCUUACGAGGAGCGAAUGCGGCCGAUUAUAAAUGACUUGCAGAAAGUUCCGCCGUUCUUAUCUAGUGUCAUGGCUCCACGAACUGCUUGGGGGUUAUGGCUACGAAAUAAUAUUAUCGCAUUUGUUUGUUGGUCUGGGAUUUUAAGAGUGGCGGAGAGAUUUUUUGUUGGUGCCGCUAGUGAUGUUGACAAGUAUAACCUUCCGGACUAUGAAUGGAAGGAUUGA